GAGCAUAUUGCAUAGGAGAAAAGGAGUAAGGAGAGAGAAGUGAUAAUGUCUGUGGUGGUGGGUGAAGAGGUGAGGCAGAGAGCAGAGGUGUACCAUGGAGACGAAAUCUGCCAAGUGAAGUCGAAGGAGCUGCUGAAGGAAAUCGCUCUCCCCAACGGUCUCCUUCCUCUCAAGGACGUCGAGGAGUGCGGCUACGACAGGGAGUCUGGCUUCGUCUGGCUCAAGCAGAAGAAGAGCUUCACUCACAAGUUCGACAAAAUCGGAAAGCUGGUGUCCUACGCCCCAGAGGUCACUGCCCAUGUUGAGAAGGGGAAGAUCUCUAAACUCACGGGGGUCAAGUCCAAGGAGUUCUUGCUUUGGAUCACUCUCAGCGACAUCUACGUCGAUGACCCCCCCACUCAUAACAUUACCUUCAAGACCCCCGCUGGCCUCUCUAGGCAAUACCCUAUCUCCGCCUUUCAGAUUGAGGAACCCCAAAUCAAUGAACUCUGAUUUUCAUCUUUUAAUUACUCUUCUGUCUUUCUUUCCUUCUGCUUUUUUUUUUUUUUUUUUUUUUUUUUUUUUUUUUGUUGCUUAGAGUUCACGCCCAAUGAAUACCAUACCGAUGGAAGAAAGGAACAGUUUGGGCCUUUGGGCCUCUUUUCUAU